AUUCAAAAUCUUAUUAUAAAUAGAGCCCAAAAAUGCAUUAGUUUCUUCAUCCCUCAAUUUUCAUAUUUCAUUAGUACGAAGUUUUGAACAAAAAAAUAAUAAUUAAGAAUGGGUUCCAAGGCAAUUUUGUUUCUUGGUCUUUUUUUGGCUAUUUUCUUAAUGAUAAGCUCUGAGGUUGCAGCUAGGGAGUUGGCAGCUGAGACUACCAAUGCGGUGAAAUUGGAUAACGAGAAUGCAGUAAACGUCGAUCAUUAUUAUGGCAAGGGCUAUGGCAAACGUAAGAAAUGUUACAGUUGCUGCAAAAAAUACAAAUAUGGAUGCAAAAAAUACUGCUGCUCUUAUGAAGAAUAUGUUGCUGCCCAGACUCAAAACUAAAUAAUUAAUUAGUGCUUAAUUAUGUGUAUUUAUUAUUAUUGUAAACUUUUGAAAUUAAGUGACAAGAUAAUAAUAAUCUUGCUACUUAAUUAAGACCCUUUGCUUGUAACAAGUAUGAAUAAAGCCAUUCAUUUACGUACUAUGAAUGGUUGGUCAUGAUGUAAUGUUUUGUUGUACAAUAUAUAUCAUAUUGUGUUUAAAAA